CCUGCUUCCGCCUGCCACUUUGAAGAUCGCCAUUAUCGUCCUCCUAACAGCUUCCUUCGAAGAAUGUGAUUUCCGCUUCUCAACAGCUCGACUCUCUCUCUCUCUCUCUCUCUCCCCCCCCCCCCCCCCCCCCCCCCGCCAUGGGUAACACUUCCUCAAUGCUCACUCAGUACGACAUCGAGGAGGUUCAGGAACACUGCAAGCACGCAUUUUCGCAGCAGGAGAUCGUGUCACUGUAUCAGAGGUUUUGCCAGCUCGAUCGCAGUGGAGGCGGCUUCAUCUCCGCGGAUGAGUUCCUCUCGGUACCUGAAUUCGCAGUGAAUCCGCUCUCUCAGAGAUUAUUGAGGAUGCUGGACGGUUUGAACUUCAAGGAAUUUGUUGCCUUCUUGUCCGCAUUCAGUCCCCAUGUUUCGUUGCAACAAAAGAUCGAAUUUAUCUUCAAGUUAUAUGAUUCGGAUAGCAACGGGAAAGUCGCGUUCCACGAUAUGUUGGAUGUUUUGCGGGAUUUGACGGGACAGUUCAUAUCUGAGCAGCAAAGGGAGCAAGUUUUGACUGAAGUCCUCGAGGAAGCAGGCUACACUAAGGAUUCUAUGUUAGUCUUGUCUGACUUUGUGAAGAUUCUUGGCAGCUCUGACUUGAAGAUGGAAGUUGAGGUCCCAGUAGACUAAAGCGACAUUUAAUUGGAUAAGUCAGUCAAUGGAGAACUUGACACGAUCCUUGUUAUAUAUGAAGAACUGUGAUUGGUCGGUUUGAUAUGUUUACCUAAUAACCUGGUCACUUACCUGUAUGUCAAUGCCCGAUUGGUUUUGUUUCAACCAAGAUGCUGCACUACCUAACUUGAUAAUUCAGUUCAGUCAGCAAUAGUCUUGUUUUUGGUGAUUUGGCUGUAGUAUUUGACAGUGCUUGUUCACACAUUGCAUAGCUUUGCAGUUUUUUGCAAGCAUGAUGGUGUCAUGAUCAUGGGAUAACCCUUUUCGUGCUGA